AUGAUGAUUUCGAAUCCCACUAGUCGAUGGACUGCUACGUUAAGCGUACACCAACAGAGAAGAGCUAAAAGUUCGUUUACUAUUGAUAGCAUCCUUGGGUUGAGCCAUGAGAUGCCCGUAGAACAACGUGAAGUAGCAAGCGUGGAAGAGAAGGGCGAGCACUGGACAGAAGAUGUGCAUAUAGGUCGUAUACGGCGAACUGAGGAACUAAAGUUACCUGGCAACCAUGUUAAAGAGUUAACGCCAGAAGAAACUAAUGAAGGUUACACUGACAAGAAGGAGGGGCGAAAGAAGUCGAGGCGCAUGCGCGUUAGAACCAAUUUCGCUGCUUGGCAACUAGAUGAACUCGAGAGGGCGUUUGAAACAACUCACUAUCCAGAUAUCUUCAUGAGGGAAGCUCUGGCAAUGAGGUUGGACCUCAUGGAAGCAAGAGUUCAGGUCUGGUUUCAAAAUAGACGAGCUAAAUGGAGGAAGCGAGAAAAAUAUAACAAGCAACAAAAAGCAACAGCUUCGUCGUCAUCAUCAUCUUUGGCGACGAAUAUUAAUCAUCGUGAAGCCAUCGGUGAGCAGGCGACUAACCCUGGAAACGGGACAGGUAGAUCGCAACUGAAGAGAGUUGUUGUAAGCUCAGCACCUUUUCUUAACGUGGUACCGCCGAGCCUACCGCCGAUGAUGACGAGUACACCGCUCUGCCCGUCCGAUGGUAAAGUGUUUGAAGGGUCCAUGGAAGAAAGGAGGAACAUAAGCAUAGCUAAUUUGAGGCAACGAGCUAAGGACUUUGACGAAAAUGUUCAUCUGAUUCCGGUCUAUGCACAAGGAGUAAUCUACAAGACAAUUUAUCAACCAAAGACCGAAGAAAUCGCGAAAUAA